GUGGGGCAUCUGGACGGUCAAGACGGCGUACGACGUGGAAGUGUACUUUGACGGGCUCUACCGGGCGCACGACAAGACCGAGUACCCCAUGCUCGGGUACAACUACGUUUCUGGCGUGUGGCAGGCGCGGCAUGGUCGCGGCGCACACACCCUUCUCGGGGAGAGAGCCUUCUCGGAACCUUCCUGCACGGACGAAUAUCUCGUUAACCUGACCAUGUACCACCCCUCGCUCGGCCUCGGAACCGCCAUCGCCAAGUGGGCCCGCGUCGGAGCAAACUCGACGGCCGCAGCGGGCUCCGCCGCCGCCGCCGCCGGGCCGGGCGCGACUGCGCUUGCGACGCCCACGGCGGCGGCGGCGGGCGGAGUGCUGCUCUUGGCCGCCGCUGCCCUCGCGGCUGCGGCGUGGAGGAAGCGUGGCAGUGCGGAGGCGGCCAGCAAGCCGGUGCGGGCCUCGCUGGUGUGA